AUGGUCAAACUGUGCUUCUAUGACCGCCAUCGGAUCGUGGGGGACCCAGCGCGGGGUGAAUACAAUCUUGAAGUCCGGGAGACGAAGCUGGAGGAUGAUGGGAAAUACAAGUGCUAUACUAACCCGACGGCUGCUGCAGACGCCAUCUUAACCGUUGUUGUUCCGACGCCGAACCCUCCAUCGAUAUCAGGAGGAGAGUUGACCUUGACGGCAGGUGAACAGCUGUCCCUCACCUGCCGAUCCUCAGGUGGACAUCCCGCGCCUCGACUCACCUGGCUGAACGGGACAGACCCAUUCCAGUCUUCGAGCGUCUCAAGCGACGAAGACAAAACCCUGGAGCUGUUCAUCCCCCGGCUGACCAAAUGGGACGACGGUACAAACUUCACCUGCCUGGCCGACCAGGGGUUCCCCGAGCUCGCCAAGCCUAAGGGCUCAUCUAGGAUCUUAAGAGUCAAAUACCCGCCGCUGGUGCAGGUGCCCAGUCCGUCCGUCCACGUGAGAGAGGGUGAACCGGCCAGCCUCAGCUGUAUGGUGGACAGCAAUCCCAAGGCUGAAGUCACGUGGCGGAAAGUCGGUGAAGCUCUUCCAUCUUUAAAGAUUAUCAGGGACCACCUGUUGCAGCUUCCCAAGGUGUCCAGGACCGACGGCGGACUGUACCAAUGCGAGGCCAACAAUGGGGUCCCACCGGUUGGAUUGGGCUCCGUAACCCUACAGGUUUACUGUGAGUAA